GUCAUUGAAAACAAUGCAGAUCCAGACGAAAUUAUGGUAUAUAAUAUCCAAGUGGGUAUUUCGAAUAACAAGUGACUCAUAGCUCAUCCAACAUGAAAGUGCUUUCCUGUAUCGCUAUUUUGGUUUGCGUUCUCUCUGCAGUUUCCUGUUGCUGCAUACCAUCCAAACCAGGCCUAUGGGACUGUAAGGCUAAAAAACUGGAUGAGUUGAUGGACAAGAUGGAUUUUCUGAUGGAGAAGAAACUGGAGAUGCAGAGUAAGUUGCAGAUGUACAAGAAUAUGAAACAGGCGAUUGGUUUCUGCGGAAAACUGCCCUGCAAUUGUGAAUUCGUAUUCGGGAAUCCCAUAGAACAGUGCAGACCUAAAACAAUAGCACCUCUUCGUCAUCCUUAUGGGGAUUGUUGGGGUUAUUAAUAAAUAUAAUUGAAAAAAUGCA